GUUAAAGAAGAGUUGUUCAGCUGACAAAAUUCAGACAAUUAGCGAAUCCCCAGUAAUUUCACAGACUGCACCAAGGACAUUACUUCAGCUGGGCUUAGUUCGGAAGAUCUACGAAGUAAAAAAAAAAUGAUCAUGGCCGAGGCGCAAGAUACAGACUAUGACAGUUUUGAGGAAAAUUUAAUCCAUUGUGAUACAAGAUAUAAGAUAUCCAGUCAAAAUGAAUGCAAAAAAAGUUCCUGCAUCGCUUCUCACAAAAAAAAAGAUGAUGAAAUACGGACAUUGAAGUUGCAAAACUACAUAAAAGACGAUAAAAUAUGGACAUUGGAGUUGGAAAGCAGGAAAAAAGACGGUGAAAUAAGGAGCUUGAAAGAAGAACUAAAGGAAUAUAGGGAAAAAGAUCGAAAUGUGCCCGACAAACGUGUUCAAGUCAAAAAGGCUUCAGAUUGGCAAGAAACAUUAAAAGAGGCUCCUCUUUCAAAAGACGAAAUUGGUGAACUACAUAGAGAUCCAACACUGUCAAGGGAUGAACAGAAAUUGCCACAACUGGCAAUUCAAGCCUGUGAUGAACAAAAUGAAGAUUCUACGCCGCAGAAAGAGACCUCUGGAGAUAGUUCUGCCAAUGAACAGAGCGACAAAACAUCAGAAGUGGAUGAGAAUGCUUCUUACAAAACAAUGUCUCCGAAGCAAGCGUUACAAGAGGAUACGACUAAACAGAUUCACAGAACUGAUGGACACGUAACCAUUUCGUUCACUUACGCAAGCCGAAAUUGUUCAACCGAUAAAGACAACAGUUUUCGUAAGGUCACUUCUAGCCCUACUGAAACAACAUCAUCGACGACAGACAAGUUCACUUAUGCAAGCCGAAAUUGUUCAACAGAUAAAGACAACAGUUUUCGUAAGGUCACUUCUAGCCCUACUGAAACAACAUCAUCGACGACAGACAAGUUCACUUACGCAAGCCGAAAUUGUUCAACAGAUAAAGACAACAGUUUUCGUAAGGUCACUUCUAGCCCUACUGAAACAACAUCAUCGACGACAGACAAGCAAGAGACCUCUGGAGAUAGUUCUGCCAAUGAACAGAGCGACAAAACAUCAGAAGUGGAUGAGAAUACUUCUCACAAAACAACGUCUCCGAAGCAAGCGUUACAAGAGGAUACGACUAAACAGAUUCACAGAACUGAUGGACACGUAACCAUUUCGGUCUCCUCCAGUAAGGAAUAUUUGAAUGAACAAGCUGAGCACGAACAUGACAAAAUAAAUGCAAAUAAGGCGGUUGAGCUGAUGACAUCUAAGAAACAUGUCGAUAGAAAUGUUAAGGAGUUCACUUACGCAAGCCGAAAUUGUUCAACAGAUAAAGACAACAGUUUUCGUAAGGUCACUUCUAGCCCUACUGAAACAACAUCAUCGACGACAGACAAGUUCCCUUACGCAAGCCGAAAUUGUUCAACAGAUAAAGACAACAGUUUUCGUAAGGUCACUUCUAGCCCUACUGAAACAACAUCAUCGACGACAGACAAGCCGCAGAAAGAGACCUCUGGAGAUAGUUCUGCCAAUGAACAGAGCGACAAAACAUCAGAAGUGGAUGAGAAUACUUCUCACAAAACAACGUCUCCGAAGCAAGCGUUACAAGAGGAUACGACUAAACAGAUUCACAGAACUGAUGGACACGUAACCAUUUCGCUCUCCUCCAGUAAGGAAUAUUUGAAUGAACAAGCUGAGCACGAACAUGACAAAAUAAAUGCAAAUAAGGCGGUUGAGCUGAUGACAUCUAAGAAACUUGUCGAUAGAAAUGUUAAGGAGCCGCAGAAAGAGACCUCUGGAGAUAGUUCUGCCGAUGAACAGAGCGACGAAACAUCAGAAGUGGAUGAGAAUACUUCUCACAAAACAACGUCUCCGAAGCAAGCGUUACAAGAGGAUACGACUAAACAGAUUCACAGAACUGAUGGACACGUAACCAUUUCGCUGGAAGACGCGAUUAAAAUUUCGACAGAAGGGUCUGCGCACGAAACAGUUUCCGAAGAUAAGAAUACAAAGCGUUUCUUACCCUUCGGUAACUUUUCUUGGAACAGUUUGGAAAAACUACAGAACAAAGUAAAGAGCUUUGUACCUUCAAUUUUUGUGAAAAAGCCAAAACGACAACAGCGUGCUGAUCAGGUUGUAGUUGCAAAGGAAGGGAUGAAAGAACCAGAAAAAGAUGAACAUAGUAAACUAAAUACUGAUCAUACGCUUCAAACUAGAGAGAAGCCUGUGCAAGAACACAACGGACCAAGUACAUCCCAUAAAGUAUUCAAGCUCGAUACGAACAAAGCUUUAUGCUGUAAAUACGCACCAUGUGCUAGGAAUUGCAUGAAAUAUUUACUAUAUAUCGAAGAAACGGGUUUAUGUCCUGGACAGGUGGAUCAAAAAUUGGGUCACAUUUCGUUAGGGACAAAAUUCUUGGAGGAUCUAUGGGAAAUCUUGGAGGAUAUUUUACCACUUGAGGAGAUACCAAAAGAGAAAUGGCUACAGUUGAUGAGUGAAAUGUUAGAGAAGCUUCAGAAAACGCCUGUGCUGCCAUGUACACAGGUGCUUAUUGCCCUACAAAAAGAACAAUUCUUAGAUUCAAUAUACAAUACUAAGUUUGGCGAUGAAAAACUCAUCGACUGUGCAAAAAAGAAGUUCAAAGAGACUAAGCGUAUGGCAGGAAUUUUGCUUUGUGUUACUGACAAAAUGAGUCAUGGUCUAAUUUUAAAAAGGGACGAGAAGGUGAACAAGUGAAUUUGUAUGACUCCACAAUUCAUGAAAACAAAAUGGUCGAUUUUGGAAUUAUUCACAGCUUACAAGUCCUUAUCUUGGAGGAUGAGAAACCUCUCAUUGAUGAGAAACCUCUCAUUGCUAAACAUUGGUCCAAAUUGAACAUGUGCUACUGUGUAAAAGAAUAUCUUGAAGCUCACGCAAAUAAUGUUGGUAAAAAGCUAACAUCAGUAUCUCAUUGACGUUUUAGUCAUGAAAAUUAUAUUAAUUGGUAAAAUGCAAAAUUUUCGAGUAUCAUAAUGAUUUUAUUUAAAAAACGACUGUUAAAAUGUAAAUUUGGUGAAAACCAAGUGGGUGUAGACCAUGUGCCAUUGUUAUAUCAUAGCUACGUUUAUGGUAUAUCUUUAUGAUAAGUUAAUAUGUCAGAACGCAAUAAGAAGCAAUAGAAAGGAUUGCUCAAUGCUCGUACUUACACCACUAAAGACAUCGUAAUAAUUGCAACCAUGGUAAUUUCGUAUAAUCAACAGUGAAAUGUAUAAAAUUAACUGGAACCAUACUUGUAUAGUUUUGUCUUGUGGUUGGUUGAAGCCAAACAUUCAGCUAAAUUUUAAUCAACUGUCCUCUGAAAUAUUUCAUUUUUAAUUGUUUUCUACGACUGACGUUUGUUUUGGCUUCUUGGCAGUUGACAAACAUGAAAAAAUAUUCAUUGUUGUUUUUUGACAGAUUUUGUGCUUCGAAAUUGUAUUGACCACACUUAGUGUAUGCUACAGCAGUAAAAAUGUAACGAGAAAACAAUCGGCGAUAAUCUAGGGGAUUCAUCGACUAACUAAUACAAUGAAUGAUGAUGGACUGAAUGCCAAAAAAUAGAUAAAAAUAUAUUAUUAUUUAAAGCAUUUUAUAAAACUGAUAGUUUAUAAUUUACGACCUUUUACGUUUUAAAAAUGUUCCAGUGAUAUAUCUUUAUUUGAUGACUCACGAUUUUCUAGUUUAUUAAUUGUUUUCUUUUAACAAUAUUAUAUACUAAGCUUACCGGCCGGUUUUA